UGUGUGUGUGUAUACAUACAUAUAUAAUUCGAAAUAAAAUUCUAAUAAUUGAUGAUGCAUAAAGAAAAUUCAAUCAUUCAAGCAUUCUUUAUUGAAUAUGUUUGGGUAGAUAUUGCAUGUGUCAUCAAAAGGAACAGUGUUGUAAUGGAUACGUGUGUCGCCUCCAAGCAGUAGAUGACAUGGAGUACAUAGUCAGCUCUCUACUCUAACAGUUCCUUGGCAACACUCAGAAUGAGUGUCAGCCUAUAAAGAGCAGAGCUGUGACUCCUGCUGAAGGGACCGCAUGAGUGAGUGGCUGCACCAGACUGAAUGGCACAUGCUGAGGAGGUAGCCAUAGAUUGUGUAUCUACUGCCAAAGCAUCAUCAAUAUCAGAGGUCAUCAUGGGAUCGAGUUCUUCGUCUUAUGCCCCUAAGACUAUUUAUCUGGAUGUGGAUGGAAAAGUGCAAAGGGUGAUUUUCAGUCGACACUGUAGCCCAUGUGAUAUUAAGGAGCUUCUUUGCUCAUCAUCCAAUAUUGCCAGAAACACGGCUAUACUUCUGAUUGACUCAGAAGGAGCACUAGUAUCUAUUGACCCCAGCAUGCCUGCAAACACUCCAAACAACUUAUAUAAGGUUAUGCCUCAUUCUGCAAACCAAGGAGGAGAGAAGGAAGACAUGUUCCAGAACGUCUUGUCACAAGUGGCAGAGCAGUUCAGCAGGGCUUUUAGGAUCAAUGAGCUGAAGACUGAAGUGACCAACCGACUGACCAUGCUGGAGAAGAGAGUGGAGCUGGAGGGACUUAAAGUGGUGGAAAUUGAGAAGUGUAAAAAUGAUCUGAAGAAAUUAAGGGAUGAAAUGACCUCUAGAGGAGGAGUCAGAAUGAACUGCAAUUGCAAAUAUAACUUUUCUGAUGAUGGGAAGAAACUGUCUCCCAGGCGAGAUGUCCCGAGCUACCCAAAGUACACACUUUCUCAGGAAACCAUAGAGACUCUGAAAAAGCCCACCUUUGAUGUAUGGCAUUGGGAACACAAUGAGAUGCUCAGCUGUCUGGAGUAUAUGUAUCAUGACCUUGGACUGGUUAAGGAGUUUAACAUGAACCCCAUAACUCUCAAAAGAUGGCUGCUUGCGAUUCAAGAAAACUAUCGCGACAACCCUUUCCACAACUUCCGCCACUGCUUUUGUGUGAGCCAGAUGAUGUAUGGAAUGAUCCAUCUGUGUAACCUUCAGGAGAGGCUUACUAUGACAGACAUGUGUAUUUUGAUGACUGCAGCCGUGUGUCAUGACCUGGACCACCCGGGAUACAACAACACGUAUCAGAUUAAUGCUCGCACUGAGCUGGCCGUGCGGUAUAAUGAUAUCUCUCCUCUGGAAAACCAUCACUGUGCUGUGGCUUUCCAGAUCCUCUCUAUGCCUGAGUGCAACAUAUUUGCCAACGUGGAGCCUGACUCCUUCAAACAGAUACGACAGGCGAUCAUUACUCUAAUUCUGGCGACAGAUAUGGCUAGACAUGGAGAGAUACUGGACUCCUUCAAACAGAAAGUGGACAGCUUUGACUUUACCAAUGAGGAGCAUGUUAAAUGCCUGAAGAUGGUGUUGAUCAAGUGUUGUGACAUCUCCAAUGAGGUCAGACCCACUGAGGUGGCAGAGCCGUGGGUGGACUGUCUCCUGGAGGAGUACUUCAUGCAGAGUGACAGAGAAAAGACAGAAGGUCUUCCUGUGGCUCCAUUUAUGGAUCGUGACAAAGUCACCAAACCAACAGCACAAAUUGGCUUCAUUAAAUUCGUCCUCAUCCCAAUGUUUGAGAAUGUCAUGAAGCUCUUUCCGCAGAUUGAGGAGAUCAUGGUUCAGCCCUUGAGGGACUCCCGUGAUCACUAUGAAGAGCUCAAGCAGAUAGAUGAUGCCAUGUCAGAGGGUUCUCAGGCUGAUCCAGCUCCCAGUUUCCUGAAAACUGAGGUUUUGAACUGUUUGGGCUCUCCAAGCACCCAAUUUCCAAAGGAGAGUGGUGUUGGACCCCCUUCAUUGUGUGGAAACAUCAAGAAUGUCCAGAAAAGGCAGUCAUCCGUAGUAAAAAAAGCGGUCAAAAUGACUGAUUCUGUUAAUUUUGCUGGUCUAAUCUUUCUCCACAGAUAGUUUAACUAUUGAAAUGAAGUGCUUGGCCCUCAGAUAUUGUUUUAUUGUCACAGGCUACUAUAAAAUAAAUACCUUUCGGAAAUGAGCAGUCAAGAUUUUUAACUUGAAGAUACUUUAUCAGAUAAUGGCAUUAUAUGACUACACAAAUAGAUUUAUACUUUGGUACGUAUUGUUUUGAUUUUUGCAGGAACUGAUUUCCCCAAAUCAGCUAUUAAUAAAAUGUACUGAUGGAAAUAACGUUAACCAUUGUUCCCAACAGAAAACAUUACAAAUGAACAAAAAUCAAUAAAAUGUACAUUCAUCU